AUGACCAAGCAAACUCGCGCACUGUACGAGUCCGUCGCCAGCUCAUUCUCAAUCUGGGAUGCAGCCCACAUAUUUGAAUAUGCCACCUCCAGAUUCACCACUAUUCAUCUCACGCAGCUGGCAGAGCCUAACCCAUCAGGUGCCUAUCAGUACUUGUUUGUUCAACACCUCAUCUGGGAGGCGGAGUGUUUCGUGAUCCCUUUUGUGAGCAAGUGCGCGGUGAUGAACAUUAAUACCAGCAUGCCGGUCUAUCUCAGCAAUGUCCUCCUUCACAUAACAUACUUCCAGAUGGAAGACCGAAACCACAAAUCACUCUUUGCGAGAUUACGGGACUGUCCGCACAACAAAGAUGGUAAGGCGGUAGAUCAAUAUCGAGUGGUUCCACGCUACUGCUACUGCUGGUGGAAAACACCAUUUCAUUUCACGGCUAUGCAAAUGCCUCUCCAGCUUUCAGUAGCUCAGGUGAAUGAGCUAACGGCCGAUCACUUCAAACAGUGGCCAGCCUUGGGUUUGCUCAUACCGGAACCAAUUACUCAUCCACGGAUGGAUGACCCGCUCCUUCAACAACUUCAUGUUCUGCAGACUGAAGUCGCCUGGCUCGGUCUCGACCUUGGACACAUGCUGGUUAGCAAACUCGAAGCCACGGGAGCAGUGGUCGAUGCGAUGAACCGACUUGAACAGCCUCUCGACGAGGUCUAUGACGCUAUGGCUGCCUCUCAAGCGGCAGUGGACGUGUUGGUGGAAGAUUAUAACAAUGGCCGGAUCGGAACAUCUCUGCACGGAGAUCCAUUCCCUCAAUUGCAUCCCUUUGUGCGCCAAUGA